AUGUUUACCACGCCCUCGCGGGUAAGGGAUGCAAGGUCGUCGACACCGCUGGUGGGUGCUGGUGUCGGCGCGUCUCAUUCAGCCAAUCAUCCAUCUCGUGCUGGUACGCCUGUAUUCGGUGGUCAGGACCCUCUCUCUCCGCCGUCUUUUCUUUCACCAUCGACUUUUAGACGUGGCGACGUCAACAACAUCAACGAAUCCGGCGAUGUUUCGUCCGGCUCUCUCUUCUUGAGCACCAACGCGAGACCACGCACAACACGCGCGCGUCCACGUCCUUCCUCCAUGCUCGCCAUCUCUGGCCCCAAUGUAUCUCUUCUCAGCCCUAGCAGUGCAUUCGAUCGCGAAGGAUCACUGAUCAACGACGACGCAGAUAUGCGCUCCGUCGCCGAAUCGGCUUAUUCUGCUUCGAUGGCUGGUUUCGGUCGACGCCCGCCUCUGUUGAGCAAGGAUGCAAAGGCGCAGCUCGAGGAAGGCACCGUGCUAUUGGGCGACCGCUGGGUACACGUAUCAGCUUAUUCGAGAUUGCCCAACGAGGUCCUCGAGGUGCUUAACGAUGCGGAUCUUUACAUCGACGCGUUCCAGGGUCAUCUCGACGUUCAGACGGGCUACGCUUGCCUUGUUUCACGCACACAGUGCUUUGUGUGGAACUACUCCAGCCGCGGGAUUGGCACUGGCUCACCGACAUGCUUUGUGUUUCCCGUGCCGCAAUAUUCGUCUUCUAGCAUGACGGCAAUCAAUGACCUCGCGCACUGCUGCUUCAUCCCUCGGGGCGCUAACAGAGAGCCGGCAUUGCUCCUUGUCGCGCCCGAUGGCCAAACUUGCCUGUGGGAGGGCAUCUCGUCUUCGCUCACGCGUCAGGAUCGUGCACAGCGCAUCUCGGUGCCGCUUUCGUCGACCUCUGAAACCAUCGUUCAGCUGCAGCGUGUCGACGAGUCGACGUUGGUGCUAGCCACCAGUCAGUCUCGAAUGCUGCGCGUCUCGGUCGGCAGCAGAGCCGGCAUGCUCCAGGCCGAGAUUCGACCUUUCUCCCAACAACGCGGUUUGCUUAGCCGUUUGUUUGGCUCGACAUCGGCGAUGGGAUCGUCCAACGAUCAAGUCGUCUCGAUUGCCGUAGCCCCCAUUCAGGCGGGCAAGCAAGGCCGCGAAGUGUACGCGAUUGGCCGCAAGACGUUGCAGAGAUGGCAGGUGCUUGAUCAGGGAGGUGAGCGUCUGCUUGCCGAACAGGAUGUCCAACAAGUCAUCGCGAGCAAUGUGCUUCAGCUCAGCGACGAGAGGUAUAGUGCUGCUCAGAGCCUUUCCUUUGACGUUCUCGACGGAGCUGUUCAGUCAGACGGCCAGCUGGUGCUUCUCUACUCCCAAGCCAAAGCCGAACACGAGCCGCUUGGUUAUGGAUUGGCCAUCGUCGAUGCUGUGAAGGACGCCGGGUCGUUUGUGGUUGCUUCUAUCCUGGCGCUCAACUACUCGAACUUCGCGGACCCGCGCCCGUAUGCGAUGCCGACACUCAGCUUGCCCAAUGGCGGACCUGCUGCGUUUAUCUGCUUUGCCGACACAGUGGUCGCCAAGCAGCUCGAGUCAGGUUGUGAGACAUUUGAAGAAGUCAUCAAACUCAAGGACGACGUCAAGAACCGAUUCAUCGGCACUGGAUGCGACUCGAUCGACUUCGGAAAUCAUGCUAUUGCAGCGCUUUCGCUCAUCUCGGCUACCUCUGGCUCGCUGUUGGUGGAAACGAGUGUCAAUGAGAUCCGCAAUCGUUGCACUGCCUACACUUCAGCAGCUGAUCGUCAACGCGCCGACACCGAACGACUCAAGAGCAAGCUCGAACAGGCGCUCUACUAUUCUGAAUCGCCUCUCAACCCUCUCACUUUCCAACUUGCGUCUCAUCUGCAAGGAACGUUGAUGACGGCGUGCGAAGACCUCAGUCGUGAGCUUUUGACUUUUAGCAACCCCAUCUCACAGAGCGUUGCGCCCUCGGUGGAUCUUCGAGCCGCACUCAAGGAUCGUCUUGGCAAGCUGCGUUUCUUGGUCCAGUUUGUCGCUGCAUGUGGUCACCUUGAGAAGUUGCCCCAGACGACAAAGCGACAGUUGCGCGCCGAUGCCGAGCUAGCAGCAGCACUCAGCGAAUUGUGGGUGUAUCAGAACGAGUUUUACACUUCAACACACAGUCACGCGUCGGCUGCACAGAGUCCGCUCGCUAGAUCCAUCGAAACCGUGAUGGCCGAACAAGGACUGGGCACGAGCGCAGACGACUUGGUGCGCAAAUUCUUCCGGCAUCAUGCCGAUUUGACGACCGAGGUGUUGGAGAGGCUGCUAAAGCAGACCAAGAGCAUCUCGGCUCAACCGUUGCGUACGAGGUCCACGGAUGUGCUCGAGUUCAAUAGGGUCGUGAUGUCUGCUUUGCGAGCUGCGCUCAGGUACAGAAAGGAGAGUGGAGCACUGUACGGCAUUCUCGAGCCGGACAGUGGUGUAAGUACAUCAGCAGUAACAGCAACGGCAGCAACAGCAGCAACACCGGCAGCAACGGCAGCAACAGCAGCAACACCGGCAGCGCCGGCAGCGCAGGCAGCAGCAACGAUAGCGUUCGAGGCCUGGACAGCUCAAAGUGCAACCGUGCAGCUCCUGGAGAGUCUCUUUGCAUUGACGGUGAAUUUGAUUCCCGACCGAACGCGCGAAUUGGGUUCGAGCAUCGAUGCCGCAUCCACCGAGUUUUCUGGUGCUGUUAGCGAAGAGUUGAAGCGGGAGCACCGAGUUCAAGCCGAGCUCAAGACGCAACUGUGCUCGCUCGCUGAGAUUGCGCUGGCGUGUUACUUGGAGCGACUGCAGUACCUACAAGCUGCCGCAGCCAGUGCAACCGACAGCGGUGCAUUCGAGCGAGAAUUCGCCGUGUUCGCCACCACCUACCGCACAGCUCGACCUCUGUUCAUCCGUCCUCUCGUCACAAUCGGCCGCUCGGAUCGAGCGUUCACGCUCGCCGAGCAGUACAUGGACUUCCGAACCUUGGUCGAGCUGUGCAACGAUCCCGCGCUCAAAAGUGACGCUCGCACUGAAACUUAUCUGGAGCGUUACCAAGAGUCGUUCGCCUACGAACUCUACACAUGGUACGUUGAACAUGAUCAACAGCGAACGCUGCUCACGCAGAAAUCCGAAUAUCACGCGCUCGUGCUGUCGUUCCUCAGCCAACCGGGCAAAGAGCGUUUGGCGUGGUUGCACGAUCUUGCGCUGCAACGGUUCGCUGCGGCGUCGACUAAAUUGGAGCAGCUGGGACUGGUCGAGAGCAACGUUUCGCAGAGGAAACUCAUGUUGAGUUUGGCCAAACUCGGAUAUCUGUCGACUUUGAAAGUGCAAGAUUUGCGGACGGUGGGCGUUCAGAAGCAGAUCGAAUUUUUCGAUGACUAUUUGGACUUGAUCGCUGUUCAGGAUUCGCUUGUGGCUCUGUGGGAAAACAGUGUUGCUGGCGGGUUUCCCGUGGACUUGCCUACCGCUGGAACGCCAGCUGCAGAUAAACUUGCAAACGAAAUUGUCGACACGGUUGCUUCGCGUCUCGCCGAAUACGCGGCGUAUCGACAGCACUAUAUGCAACUAAUUCAGCAACUUGUGCUUUCCAACACGUACCUCGGCGCGGAAGAUCUGAUCGACCUGCUUACGCUCAAGGACACCCCGGAAUCGCAGCUGGAAGACUUCUCCACGGCGAUCAAAGUGCUGAUUCGAGCAUCGAGCAACAUGCCCGAAUCUAGACGACAUGCUUGUCUCAAGGCCAUCUGGAGGCGAAGCGUGAUUCGCGACGAUUGGGUGAGUCUGAGCGAGACCAACAAUGUCUCGGAUCAGACGCUCUUGGAAGAUCUAAAGUGCACUGGGUUGUACGCUGUGUUGCGCGAGGUGUUGGGUGAUCAGGACGGCUCGGGCAGACACGCGUGGAUUGACAUUGGUGAUCUUGCCAAGUUGGACGAUGCCGUUAGCGACGAUACCGAUCCACACCCAGUGGAGCGCCAGGAGCAAGGAAAGCGGCUUCGAUCUCUGCUAGAAGCACGCUUCCAUGACGCUCCUGACCACUUUAUCACUCUGCUUUUGCAGGAUUACCAGAAAGAGGCGGCUACCGUGCUUGGGUUUUUCGAGGAUUCAGAUUUGCCCAGACUAGCCAACGAAUUGGCUGGACUCGCUGCCAAUCAAGCUGGCGUGCGAUCUGAUGCUACGCUUCAUCCUCUGGUCGACCAAGACGAUAGCAUGAUCGAAUCCUGA